UUUUAUCCAAUAAUUUGUAAAUUCCGUCCACGAACCAAAGUUUAAUCCCAACCUUAGGUGUACGUGUACUUGAUAGCACACUACAGAGUACACCAACGUAGCAGUACUGUACGCUCGCAGCUCCGCCUUAAGCUUCGAACCUAUCUCGUCUCAGCCUCUCGGGAAACGAUCCAAUACCGCAAACCAGACAAGGUCGCAGCAGCAAACAUGGCCAGCCCGUGGCCGUGCCGCGCCUUGCCGCGCCUCGCGGGGACACUGCGACUCCUAUCCCGCCAAACCGGCCAAACCCGCCAGUCUUCCUCGUCCUCCUCUCAGCCGUCCCACCACGACGCCCACCGGCCGCAACAUGACCCUUACGCCCUCCUCUCCAAGCCGACCUGGUCGGUCCGCACCCUCCUCCCGCCGUCCGCGUCACGAUCGCCUUCAUCAUCGCAACCACCACAAAAAGAACCCUCCAUCACGCCAGACCAGCUAAGCCACCUCCUCCGCCUCUCGGCCCUGCCGCAGCCCGCGGACGACGCCGAGGCGCGCCGCAUGCUGGCCGACCUGGACGCGCAGCUGCACUUUGUGCGCGACGUCCAGCGCGUCGACACCGACGGCGUCGACCCGCUCCCCUCGAUCCGCGACGAGACACCCGCGGGGCUGCGCGAGGCCACCGUCACCGUGGACACCCUCCGGCACGCGCUGGCCGAGGAGGAGGUCGUGGGCCGCUGCAGACGCCCGCGGAGGAGGAGGACGGGCACGGCGACGACGUCUGGGGGAAAAGGCGGGCAGGGGCAGAAGCAGAUCGAGGGCGUGGAGGACUGGGAUGUUCUGGGGUGUGCGGCGGAAAAAGUCGGGAGAUAUUUCGUUGUAAGGAGCGGGAAGGGCGCUGCUGCUACGAGCAAUGGGUUUGUGGAAGGGUUCGACCGAGGGUCGUAACUUUGGCGUGUGCCGCGCGCAGAACGCCAAAAGGACGUUGAAGCGAGGCAAACGCUAUGGGUUCAAUUCUGGACCCUCUUCAGUGCUUCUCCGGGGAGAGAAGCGGUGUUCUCAUCUUAUUCGGGCUUGUCCUGGUCACCAACAAAUCAGUCGACGCUACAGGGGCCCAAGCAUCAUCAUCAUCAUCAUCAUCAGGCUAUGCUGUC